CCCCUGAGUGUUUGUGUCGUUGGCUUCUCGGUCCUCCCGCCUGAAGCGACAGCUCACGCGAGCGGACGGCCAUUAUUUGCUGUCAGGACAGCACCGAAUGGCGUGCGGAUCUCGAGCCCUGCACUCUCAAUUCAUCGCUCGAGAUGGUCGACGACGAGUCAUGCAAAGGCGGUUCGGCCUCAGCCAUCAGCUUGAGACGACGUGACUGCCCUUGUCGCCAUGACGUGACUUGUCGCAGAGGUGAGAAACCGCACAAGGGCUGUCGUCUCAAGCUCACCGUCGGCGCGGUGCUGCUGGGCAAUGGAAAACAGGCGCAACGCUGAGUUUACAGUGAUGGCUUAAAGCAUCCGUGUCUUGCCACACAGUCAUUCAGCAACUCAUUAACUCAGUGCAGCUCUCUAGUCUCACGUCGUCGGUGCUGCUUUGAGCCAAUGGAUCCAGCACUGUCCGCCGUCUUCCUCAUGCUCCUGCUCGCUCUGCACGCGCCACCAUCUCUGUCGCAACAGCCCUCAGCGCCAGUCCCUUCCCCGGCGCCACUCCCCAAACCGCUCCCCCCCGUACCCAGCCCCGCCACAGUUCCUUCCCCGGCGCCCGCGCCCACGUCUACUCCCUCUUCCGCGCCCAGUCCCUCGGUUUCCCCAGCAUCGGCGCCGUCCUUCGCCCCCACCCCCGUCCCCUCCUCCUCCCCGGGUCCUGCGCCAGUCCCCGCCGCUGCCCCCACCCCUUCUGGUCCCUCGCCUGCCCCUGCGCCUGCAUCCGAGUCUGCUGCUGCACCAGGAUCGGCCCCUGCCUCUGCUCCUGCCUCGGAACCAAUAAUAAGUUCAGCGCCGACUCCUAGCGCCGCUCCCCCUGGCAGCGAGGGAAUCUCUCGGCCUCCUGGCAGCGAGGACGGCACUACAGCUCCUCCCGCCCCCGUGCGAGUGCCGGGAAGCAACGAGACUCCAGGCAACGCUGGUGCAGGUCAAUUGACUCUGACUUCCUGCUCCAUUCUCACGGCUGGUGUUGUGGCUGCUGCAAUUCUGGCUCUCUGAGUGCACUUACUCUGCCAGAAUUAUUGUCAGAGCCAUUUCUGUCAGCCAGUGACUUUGACUUUUACCAUUGCAUAGCUGCACAAUGGCCAACUUGCUCGAAUGCGUAAUACCCAUACCGUACUUAAGCAGUUGAACCAAAUUGCAGAAAUUGCGUUUCAAGUUUAUUAAUAUUGAACCCCCCCCCCCCGAUU